AUGACAGGUCGGCGAUCAUCGCGUAGAUCGAUACCCAAGAAGUCGUAUACUACCGAUGCCUUCGCUGGCAUUGAGCACUUGAUUGAAGAUAAUGAAGUCGACGGAGAGAGAACGGCGUUGACAGCCGAUGACAAGAACAACGCCAACUAUGACGAGCAUGAGGGUGAAUCCCACGAUCAGAACAACGACGAAGACGGCGAGCAGGAUGAUGAUGACGAUGAUGAUUCCGAGGGCGACGACGCCGAGCGGAGCGAUGAUCAAGAGGCCGAUGAUGAAGACGAAGUAAUGUCCGAUAUCGACGAACAGGACCGCGGCAACGUUUCAGCAAGAAAGAAGAAAUCAACCAAAUCUGGCAAGCCCAGCAACGCAGGCUAUAAACCUCCCUCACAGAAACGAGUUCCAUGUCCACGUGUACCACGAGAUCCUAACAAACCCAAUCCCAACGAGACUGAUCCAACCCUCUACACCCGCGGCUAUCCUGCAGGUCUCUUCCAAACUCCCGCAAAGAGCAUCCGAAGACUCUAUUUCUUCGGUCCUCUGGACGAGGAAACCGAUGUGUAUCUGCAACUUCGAAAGAGGCACAUCAACGAGCCUUGCCUGCCUAGUCGCAAAGCGGAUUCGAAAGGUCUGGGAGGUUUCACAAUCAGCGAGGAAUGGAAGCGGGAAGUGGCAGCGUCGCGGAAGAACUGGGCCUGGUACGACGAAGGCGGUGGGAGGGAGAUGUUCGAGCGAGAUCAAGUUAUGACGAAGCUUGAGGAGAAGGACAUCCAGGAGUAUCUCUACGGCGAUACACCUCCAGCCAAGCGAAGAUUCGUCGCAGGACCAAUCGAUUCAAUGCGACUCUUCGAACUCGAUCCUGGACAAGCAAUGCCCUUGACAGCAGUCUUUCAAGAGGAACAGAGUCGGACAUACAUUCUCAGGGAUUACAAGCGUGGUUUCAUCAUGAACCUGGGAGAGAGAAUUCAAUGGUUAGAAUGGGUCCCGAACCAGAACGACAGCAAGCAAUAUCUCGCCGUCGCUGUCUUGCCUCGACAUCCCGAGGACGACCCUUACGCGCAACCGCCAGCUGGACCACGAUCCUUCCGUCCACAGCCGCGGUACAGAUCGUCGAUACAAAUCUGGGAAUUUGUCGCUGACGAGCAGCGCUAUGUGGACAUCGCGACUCUUCCCCGCAGGCGGAUGACCUUGUGCAUGGCGUUCGGGGAUAUCAAGAUGUUCAAGUGGUGUGCUGUCCCGUGCGAAGCGGACGAUCGAUUGGGAUUACUCGCCUGUCUCACGGGAGAUGGGAUGCUACGCGUCUACAGUAUCCCUCGACCGCCUGAUGAUGACGACACAGACAUGAACAUUCUCUUCAACGAAGCCGCGUUCACUGCGAGCGCUCCGAACACAGUCUACACGUGUCUGACUUGGCUCAGCAGCUCGCGCUUGGCCGCAGGUUGUGCCAAUGGUUGUCUGGCGAUCUGGGAUCUACGUUCCACCCUGGCUCAAACCUCCCGCUCCUCAACAUCACCAUCAUCCUCCUCCUCACAGCGACCUCCGAAUCGACCGAUGGCCUACCUCAGCAUCAGCACCACCUACCUCCUCACCGUCGUCAGCUGCUACCCGACUCAUCCGGACAUCCUCACCGCCUCCUCCAUGACCGGCUUCGUCACCCUCCUCGACCUGCGACAAUCCCCCGACAACAAGGACAAAGCCAACCUCCCCUCCCUCCUCGGCCGCACCGCGCUCUCCUCGCGCAGCCGCCACGGCGUCCACCCCCUGAUCUACUCCCCGCUCCUGAACUCCACCCUCAGCGCCGACGACAGCGGGAACCUCCGGGCGGCGCCGCUCCGCAUGCACCACAUCUACUGCGGCGCCGGCCGCGAGGGGUCGCCCGCGCUGGCGCUCGCGGCGAGUUUCUUCCACCCGUUCGUGCUGAUGGGCACGGUGGCGGGCAGCGUCAUGUGCACGAACCCGACGGGCCGGAUCGUGGGCGGCGGCAAGGUGGACAUCUGGCAGGCGAGGUGGUUCACGCACGAGUGGCGACGCGCACGGCAGAAGAAGAAGAAGGACGGCGUCCCUCCGGAAGGCGAGUCGAUACGACAAGGGGGAGGACAAGGAGGUGAACAUGAGGAUGACAGCAGCGACGGGGAUCGAGGCCUCAGCCGGAUCGUCGACGGCUACAAGCCCGAGCUGACCGCGCUCAAGCCCAACUCGGACGGCGCGAACCGGCACGACGGCGUCGUCUUCGCGACGAUCCACGAGCUGCGCGCGGCCGUCACCGCGCUGGCGUGGAACUGCAACCCGCACGUCGCCGGGUGGGCGGCGGCAGGCCUGGCGGACGGGUUGCUGCGGGUGGAAGACAUCGCUGUUGGCGGCGGCGGCGGCGCCGGGAGGAAGAAGACGGCGACGACGACGGGGGUCGGGAGAUGA